UGUUCGGCGAAGACUCGUCGCGCGUUCGAAAAGUGACAAACGAACAUUGAUAUUCGAACGCGAGUACGUUGAUGAAGAUUCGAUUCGUAGUUGUCGUCCGACAAAUAAUUACGUGAAGCUUGUCGCAUAUGGGCGGACUCGUUUUCUCCAGAAGCGUAACGGAACGCGAAUGUUUGUAUUCGCGCGGGGACGAUCGUAGGAUGUCGACGAGACUCUAACAACGGCAGCUUCGACGGGACUCGAAGUAUGUUACUGUCGACCACGAGACAUCCAUUGAUGAUCGGAAAAGGAGAAGAAUCGAGAGACGGAACCGAGACGUCAAUUUGUUGACCGGAGUAAAGUUGGUGCGCGUUUUCGAGAUUUCAAAUCGUACACGUAUCGUAAUCACAACACGUCAUCGUGUUUCGUGCAAAAAAGUGUCGCGUAUCGUCAGUGUCAUCGUCAGUGUCACGUACGAUAUGUGAAACGAGUGAUACGGACGAGUGAUAAAAGAUUCAUCUUCUUGAUCGCGAACAGUGUUUUUCAUCAUCCUCUUUACGCUACUUAAUCCGCCUGAGAUUCCGCGCGCGCGCGCGUGCGUGUGUCAGUGUAUGUGUGUGUGUGUGUCAUAAACGGACCUUCAUCGCACAACCAUGAGAGUCUCCAGGGUGAUAGCGGGAAAGAUCUUCGGGAUGUGGCUCUUCGUGCUCAUCGCUGCGUGCCUCACACCGAUUGUAAAAGGCGACGGCGGACAAUAUUUCCGGAUUAGGCCGAGCAACAGCUCCGUGCUAGAAGGCGGCGAGGUGAUAAUUCCUUGUGAGGUGGGGAACCGAGUCGGUACCGUCCAAUGGGUCAAAGACGGAUUUGCCUAUGUCAUACAGCAGAACGGUGAAAUCGUGGGCCAUCCUAGACUGAAACUGAUCGGUGAUCAGAGUGCCGGUAUUUUCAAUCUGAGGAUCACCGAUGCGUCUCUGACCGACGAUGGCGAGUACGAGUGUCAAGUUGGACGAUACCUGCGGAUCAAACCGAUUCGCGCCAGCGCUCACCUGAUCGUCACCUCGCCACCGCGAAAGGUAGAGAUCAGCAGUCAUCCAAAUAAACGGAUAAUCGAGGUGAAGGUGGGAGAGUCGCGACGAUUAGAGUGCAUCGUCAGAUCGGCUAAGCCGGCCGCCUCGAUCAUCUGGUAUCGCGGGAACGUGCAGAUCAAGGGCGGCGACACCAGUAUCACCGCAAUCUCUAUCCAGGGUGACAAGGAGACGACCAAGCCCGGAGAGAUGUCUAGGGAAUUGCUCAAGUACGACACUCACGGUUCCAUUACUAUCAUGCCUACGGCGGACGAUAAUGGGAUGGAUUACACCUGCGAGGCCAGCCAUCCAGCAAUACCCAUAGACAGGCCUAUGCGGGCGACCAUUACACUCUCCGUUUUCUAUCCACCCGGUCCACCAUACAUAGAGGGUUACACCGAAGGCGAAACCGUACAACGUGGUCAAAACGUAGAGCUCGCAUGUCGAUCGCGUGGUGGAAAUCCGCAAGCGGAGAUCGUUUGGUAUAGGAACGACGAGAAGAUGACGGCGGCCCAUCGCAGAGGGGCCGGUGUUAGUGAGAAUGUAUUGUCGUUCGUAGCUCGGGCGGAAGAUGACAAGGCGCGCUACAGGUGCGAGGUCUCCAACAUUAUGAGCGUGCAGCCUAUGAAGGUGCAGGUCGACCUCACCGUACUUUUCGCGCCCGCCGGGGUCACCAUCACCGGACCAACAGAAGCGAAGGCAGGCGACCAAGUACUCAUUACUUGCACGACGGAGAACUCGAAUCCGCCCGCGGACAUAAAGUGGACGGUGGACGGGCGCAAUUCCGAGAGUAACGCCUCGAGGACGGAACUGGCGCCGAACGGUGGCUGGAUCACCAGCUCGAACGUGACGUUCAACAUUAAUCACAAGAGCCGCAGCAUCGUUGUCAUCUGCCACGCUUCCAACGUCAAACUCACGGAGAACGUGGUCGGCACGCAUACCAUCAACGUAAUAUAUCCUCCUGCAAAACUAACUGUCACCGGAUACGAUGAAAGUACGACGAUAGUUGCUGGGACGGUGCUAAAGCUCAUGUGUACCGCCACGUCGGGUAAUCCAUUGGCCACGUUAACAUGGUACAAGAACGAUCGCAAGGUACCUGGUACGAUAAGACAACGAAAUCAUGCCGUCUCCAGUGAGUUGGCGAUACUCGUCAACGCAUCCGACAACAACGCUCAUGUACGAUGCGAGGCGACGAAUUCCGCCACCGAGAUCCCCCUGCUAAAAGUUCUCGUGCUAAAAGUCCAUUUCCCGCCCGAGAGGGUAAAGAUUAACCGCGAGCCCCACGACUUUCACGCCGGCCAGGAGGGACGUAUAAUCUGCGAGUCGAGCAGCAGCAAUCCUGCUGCCGAAAUGUCGUGGUGGAAGAACGGAAUACCGGUGGCCGGCACCAGAAACAGCACCAAGCCCGGAUUACACGGCGGCUACCUGUCGUCCGUGGAGCUUGCGCUGGACUUAACCGAGGACAUGAACGGCGAAGUGUACACAUGCGAGGCGAAAAACACCGAAUUGGGGAGAUCUAUUCACGACGCGACGACUCUGGAUGUACUAUACAAGCCGAUAUUCUCGCCGUUAGAUCCUUACGAACUAACUGGUCUGGAAGGAGAGCCUUUCGUCAUUUCCGUAUCGGCAAGAGGCAAUCCCAACACGACAGAGUACACGUGGACAAGGGACGGGCUGCCGUUGGGUAGUAGCGGUAAGAGAAUAGCCGCCCACGGUUCCACUUUAAAUAUCACGAGAUUGGAUCGUCACGAUGCCGGCACGUACAUAUGCGAAGCGCUAAAUAAAGAAGGAACUACUUUUUAUCAGCUAAAUCUUACCGUGCAGUACCCGGCGAAAAUCAAACGUACCUCGUCAUCGGGGAUAGUUUAUCCACCGGGUGUCGAGGCGAAACUGUUUUGCGAAGUCGACGGUAGCCCGAUCGGCGACGAGUACGUCACGUGGCAAAAAGUAGGAUCAAAUCCCGAACUACCGGGACGUUACUCGACGUCCUUUGUUAAUCGGACGUCAUAUCUUCACAUAGAAUAUCCUAGCCAGGAAGAUGUCGGCGAGUAUCGAUGCAAAGUCAACAACAUUAUCGGCAACGCAACGUCGGAUCCUAUUCUAUUUAUUACGAAUUUUAAACCGGAAAUGACAAACACCCCUCUGACGCGAAAGGCAGCGGCGAACAAAGGAAUAAACGUCCAAUUGUUCUGCAAAGCGCGAGGAUCUCCAUUGCCGCGUUUCACUUGGAUCUUCAAUGGGAAAACUUUAUUGCCGAACGCAACUGAGAAUAAAUACAGUAUCACUCACAGCGAUCUAUCCGAGCUCUAUUCGGAAACAACAUUGACCAUCUAUCACGUGAGGUCACAAGACUAUGGAAAAUACGAAUGUCGUGCUCAGAAUAAAAUGGGACAGUCCAUGGAUGAAAUACACUUAGACGUCACGUCACCGCCGGACAAGCCGAGUGACUUAGAGAUCUAUAACGUCACGCAUGAUUCGGUCACGUUGAUUUGGAAACGCGGUUUUGACGGUGGCUUGUCAACGUCCCAUCAAAUACGGUGGCGACAGGCGUUGGAUUACGAGAAUCGCUAUUACUACCUAGAUGUCUCGCCUGGUGAAUAUAAAGCCACUAUAUCCGGCCUGUUGCUCGGGACUUCUUAUGUGUUUAGCGUGAAGGCAAUCAACGAAAAGGGAGACAGCGGCUUUUUGCCGGACCUUCUUAAAGUUCAGACACUUCGCGAGGCACCACCAACCGAGUUGACAUCAAGCGAGAAUAGUUCCUCCUACAUCAUCGUCAUUAUCAUCACUGUUUCCGCCUCUGCUUGCCUACUCAUUGCCGCGACCAUAGUCUUUGCUACAGUAAAAUCGAAAAAGAAGGCCCAGCGUACGGGUAAAUAUAAUAUUUAUCAUGUGUUUUUUCUUUCCUUUAUUUUCCUAGGACCAAAUAACGAAGAAAAUCUGCCGGACGUUCUUUUGGAAAAGGGCGACUUUCCAAUAAAUUAUAUCUAUACGUUAGCAGCGACUUCCGUCAUCAUUUUUAUCGUUAAUGUCUUCAUCAUGUUGUGGUACAUAGUACGAAAGCGAAAUAAAGCUCGUAUUAAUAAAUCGCAGACCGCGGACAUGUACGCACCAUCCACCGUCAAUGGCGACACCAUGACCGGCGAAUUAAGUUCAAUGUCGGACGAGAAAAGCGAUGUCAAUUUCGACGCUAAUGAUUACGUGGACGAAGGACGCAAGACCGCAGCUAGCACAUAUUUAAUAGAUCAAACUAUACAGGAUUUCGGGAAAGGUGGUUUAGAAAUGCAGGUUCAUCAGGGCACCCUCGGUCGUCGCAGCAAUCACAUGCAGACGUCCAUGAAUAUGGACUCGCCGCCACAGCGAACUACCGCUAGCGGGACUCUCUCAGUAUCGAAAUCGAGUUAUAUCGGUAACCCGAGCCCGGCGCCGCCCAACGAUGUGAGCUUCUACAGCGUGGAGAUGGACAACGGCAGUCGGGGCUACAUGAGCUACGAUGGCAAUCCGAGUCCGGCGCCGCCCAUCAUCGGCGAUCCAUCCGGCGGACCUUACUAUCCUACGUCUAUGGGUUCGACGGGUCACAUAAUGGGUGGACACUUAGUAGGCACUGGCACCGGCACUCUGACGCGCACCAGAACACUGCCGCGUCCCGUACCGCCGCCUGAUGUUACCGUAAUGACCGCGGGCACCAAGUCACCGAUACCACCGUCAGUGCCGCCGCCGCCCGCCACGUUCGCCCGGGUGGGUGCCAACAACGGUGGGCCCCAUUCGCACCCGCAUUCGCAUCCGGCUCCGCCGCCGCCGCCCUGCCAGAGCCACCCAUUGUCAACGUUCGCGGCAACACCGAGUUAUUCCGAUAUCGAUGGUCAUCUUGUCUGAGGCUCGCCGAUCUUCGGGCCCAGCUCGGUGCGUGGCAAGUACCGCGCCGUCGCCCAGGAUGACGACGAAGAUAAUCGACCAGUCGCAGUAACGGAGAGGAGCACGCGUCUUUGAAUGACGCGGAGUGUUGUAAUGACGGACCCUCUUCUAAAUCAUUUGCAUCGUUGAAAUCGUGAUCACUGAUCAUCUCCCUGAGCGACGACGAGCAGACCGACGGUUCGCGAACGACGGCAUCACGGCUUGAAGGUCCUAGCACUCAUCAUUAUGCACCAAAACAAUCUUCGAAGACUAUGUUUGGUGCACGAGAACGAAAGUGUGUAAAUAGAAGAAGAGAAAAAGAGAGAAUGAAAAGAACAUUGAGACGAGAGUGGUGCACCAGGUAAACUGCUGUAAACACGCCUUUCCCUUCCACGCGGCUACUUUCUAGACGAGAGGAGACAUGCGCGGGGCUCUCCUAUGCGAUUGAAUUCUAAUUUUAGGAAUAUAUGUAUAAUCGAACACUCGAUAAGCGAAGGCGAUCCUAGAGAAAAAGAGGCGAUCGCAUCAAUACGCGAGCGUACUCGAAAAAACUCGAAGGAUGGUUUUACUGUUCCAUUUCCUAUCCUGCCUUUUCCCCCAACUUUACCAUUUUUCCUAAAUCAUUACUCUAACUCAUUGUCUUUGUCCGCUCGCCUUAGCGUUAGUAUCAGCUAAAAUAGAGAUCACAGCGUAAUCAGUGACACGCAUAUGAUCGAAGCUCCGAUCGACACACCGAUUUUAUCGAGGAAAGUAUAUUUUCUGUAAAUACAUACGCGUAAUCAGAGAGACAGAUGAAAGAAUACUCGCGGCAAUAAUUUUGUUUUUUGAUUAAUUUAUGUUGGUAUGUAACUAUAUAUAGCAUCAUUAUGUUUAGAUAUCACUAUGCAUCAACACUUAUCGAGAAACCCAUGAGAUAUCUUUGAGAUAUCAUCCGCAAAGCGAUUUUCUUCACUCUGAUCGUAUGAUGCCGAAAUGUAAAUUUCUAAAUCUGCAAUCACAGAUCGACUUCAUGAUCAAUACUGAUAUUAUUAUCAGUAUAAAUAUCAUUGGAUAUAUAUCCAUUUUCCUUGAUACUAGAAUAACCAACCUCAUUAGCUUAAAGUUGGAAGGAAGAAAAUAUCAUGUUCAAAACAUUUGAUUGAUCUUAUAUUAUAAUAAAAAAAAGUUUAGAUUAAAUUUGUUAUUGAAUUAUCAAUAAAUAUCAUGUUAACAUAGCACCAAGCAUUAUAGGAAAAUAUGAAACAUAUUAUGAAACAAUAUCACCAUAACGCUAAGCAACAUUUUUGUAGUAUUUUAUAUGCAAAAUAUUUUUUUUCAAUUUUCAAUUUGCGAAUUCCUACUUUCAGAUUUAAUUUACAUUUAUUUCUUUUUACAUUAUAUAAGUUUAUCUACCAAGUUAUAGGCUAAUUGGUUAUUCCAGUCCCAAGGUAUCGAUACGAGUUUUUCAUGAUUAUCGCACACGAUCACUGAUAUUGAUUUUCAGAAUAGUGAUAGCAAUAUUAAUUAAUGAUCGCACAAUACUGUCCUUUUGGAGCUCGCAGCUACGCAAGAGUGGGCAUAUCCGUCAUGACCGUCCAUUGUUUACUUUUGCGUCAGUAAGUCGGUUUAUCCCGAUGAUUCGAUGCUGCGGAAGACGAGACAAUCGUUAAAAAGAAGCUUGAAAAAAGAAAGCUUGAAAAAUCGAAAAGAGUGCGACGAUAGCGCGGCGAGGUUAAACUUUUUUUCCCUUCCUUUCCUUGUCCUCCAUUUGUGUCGUUUAUGAUCCUAUUUGAGUUAAUGACGUCUCCUUAAAUACAAUAUUCAUGGUGCUAGAUGAUAGUUUAGUCGAGUUUAGCGCUAAAUGUGUGGCGGUUUGAUCUCGAAUCUCGACAUUUCCAUUCGGUGAAACAUCAUCUAAUGCCAGGAUAUAGCCAUUUUUUAGCAUUAAACGGCAAGCAUAUUCAACGAGUCCAUCAUUUUGCGUUUUACGAGGGCAUUCGGGAUCUUGCGAGAACAAGUAGGUAAGCCUGGAGUCAAUUAUAACAAAGGAGAAUUGUAUUAAUUAUACAACAUGUCUGAAUCAUUUUGAAUUGUGUCUCUGAGAGUGCAUGAAAAUUUUGAAAUAUUUUUUCAAUUUAUACAACUCGUAAAGAAAAUUCCUUUUUAUAUUCGAUCUUUAUAUUCCUCUUUAUACUUGUACUCUUCAAAUUGACUUCAGACUAUCCUAUGUAUCUCAUAGAAAUGAAGACUACAAUUAGAGCGUGCGUUGAGAACUUUGCUGGUCCGUUGUUUCUGCAUCAAACAACGUACAAAACAAAUUGUUAAGUACGUUAUUAGCAUAGUGCAAUUUGCAUAUCAUAAUUCAUAUUCGCGAAUUCUUCAUUUAUUUAAUUUACAACUACUCUUGCGUUGCUUAUAUACGUUAUACAGCUGCGUUGCGAUUCUUGUCCCUUGUGAGUAACUCUUUUCUGAAACGAAAAACCAAUCUGACACGUAUCGUACGUAGAAAACAGAGUUUUCACUGCCGAUCUUAAAGUCAAUACUAUAGAUAGUACAUUGACCGCGCAUAUACAUGUUGAUAAAUAUUUUUAUCUUCUUAAACACACGCAAUAUACAUAUACACAUAUAAAAUGUAUGUAUAUUAAACGGCCAUUCGCCGUAUCACGCCGAUUUUUACGAUGUUAAUCGUAUAUGAUGAAUCGCUCGUUAAAAACCUACGUACAUUUGUGUUUACUGGUGAUUCCAAUUAACUGAGAUAAUGAGAGAUCCAAGCUUCUCGCCAUGAAUAGAGAUGAAUGAAUCGAGCUUGCGUUUUCCAGGAAUGCAUGUAGAAAUGCGUUUACAAAUAGGAAAACCGGAAUACGAUAUCAAGACACGCGACCAGUGUAGACUUUAAUCGAGUUGUUGACAUCGCAAUUUCGAUCUCAUCGCUAUUUUUACUUCGUAAGCGAUUGUUACACGAGAUGAAGAUACGGGAAAUGUGUAGCGAGUAUAAUCAGCGAGAGAAAAGGAUUCUUCAGAGAGGAACAAAAGAACCGAGAGCCAUACUAGUGAAUGUCUUCGCGUAGUGAUAUCUCGAAUAAAGACAAUAGUACAUAAGUUUAAAUUGCUACAUAAUGAUUUUUAGUUAAGGAGGAAUAUAAAGGUAUUCUCUGCCGACAAACGCGAGGAAGAUAUUUGCGUCAUGCACUAUCGCGGAUAAUCGUAUUAUUAGCUAAAUGUUCGACACAUAUACAUAUAUUUUUGCAUUUAUUUCCAAUUACUAAUUAUGAUUAAAUGUAAAUAGUGUGCGAUAAUGUCUCAGUGUUUCAUGCGGUUGAAAGAGAGAGGGAAAACAUUUUUUUAAAAAUCGAGAAAAAAACAAGUAAUUCAAAUGGAUCAUAUGAGGGUCUUCACUAUUACCUAGGCUAUAAACGAAAUAUUGCUUAGAAAGGGUAAUAAUGCUGUAUAUCCACGCAAGGAAGAAAAAAAGUUAAUCCCGUUGAUUGGACGAAACAACGUCUUUCCGUUCUUCGUCGAAAGCCUAAGUAGUCAGCGUAUAUAUAUUUUUGAAAAAAAAUGAGAGAUGAUGAUGACGACGAAACUUGAUGCGUUUGGCCUAUCGUAAGAAGGGAGGAUAUUAUUACAACAAGGGAGCUAUGUAACGCACGAUGCAUUUGCGUUCCGGCGGUAAAGGGCUGUGACAAUGAGAGGUGUAAGUCCCGUCGUGAGUCUCUCGAUUGGGAGAAUAUCAUCGUCGCCGAUGGUAGCAGCGCGUGACGAUUUACGAUAAUUAUAAUAAUAAUUGUUAUCAUUUUGUCACUUACAUUAUACAUAUAUAUAAAAUUCCAUUGUUCGUUCCCGCGCGAAAAUCUGUCUGUAUGUCGGCGCGAUAAAGUCUCCCUACAAUAGUGUUUUUAACUAAGCAAAAAAAAAGAACACGAAACUGCGACGGGAAGAGAUCGCCCGCGAUCUUUCACACCUCACCACGAACGGUGAGAAAUUGUUUGCAAGAAACAAUUAUACUUUAUCCGCCCAGACGGUCACGUGCGUCGCAUCGCUCAUUGCGAAGAGAUUGUUUGAAAGUUUUAUGAAUAACGUUUUUCCGUAGCAUACGCAUAUAUAUUGUUGUUUCUCAUUACAGCGAUUAUUUGUUAACGUAAUAGAUUCUACAAAGCUUAUAAGACAAAAAGAGAUAAUAGGGGAAGAAAAAAAGAAGAAAAAAAAGAGAGAGAGAGAGAGUAUUGUUAAACCGCCGUUGUGUAUGGAGCCGCACAGUUCGGCUUAGACUGAUGAUAAGAAAUUCACGUAUGCUCAAUUAGAGAUGAACAUGUUCGCGCAUAAUUAAGAGUUCUAUUUACAUAUACAUGUUUUAUAUUUGUAAUUAAAAAAAAAAACAAAUCAUCUAUACUUAAUAUUACCUGAAGAUUAUUAUUAGAUUUAUGUAAUCUCCAAAGUAUUUGCUCAUCAAAGUGCUAGGCAUGUUAGACGGACCGCUAUUCGUCCAAAAUGGUACCUUGGAGAUGGACAUACCAUCUAACACGUAUGAUAUUUGAUAUUUUACAUAAUAAUAACGACAACACUUGUAAUUUCGUUGAUUACUCUAAGACAUAGUCAAUCCUAAUUAUACAAUCAUUAAGGAUAUGGAAAAGAAUCAAUUAAUCGUUUUACAUGUAUAUAUAUAUAUAUAUAAACGUAUAAUGUACAUAGUACUUAGAUAGACACGAAAGGAAUGAAAGAAAUGAAAAUACUUGAAUGAAUUAUAUCAAACUACGAAAAAAAAAAAGAAAAAACGAAUUGAGAGAGCUUUUGUAUAUUAGAUGUAUAUUGAUAUAUUCACUUUGUAUCAUUCUUUUUAUCGCGAUGAUAUAAUUAUCGAUGAUAAAUAGGGAUUAAUGACAGCAUGAUUAUUUCUAAAGAUGCGAUAAAACGAUAAAACGCAAGUAUCGUGAAUCGCAAAUCGACGACGAAAUAAAAAAAAAAAAAAGAAGAACGCAUCAGGACAAGUAUGCGAAUAAUGCACAAGAGAUUGCGAAAUUGUAUCCGUUCCAAAAUUGAUAUCGCCAGUGUUCCACCGCCUUCGCGUCACGCCACGUUUUUCACGACGACGAUCUUUUAUGACGAUUUUUUAUCACGAACCAGGCUCUAUUAUCUACUUUUUCACGUAUAGGACAUAAUUUUUAUCCCUUUGUGCCGAGGGUUGCGCCAAUAAUAAACGAAAGUACGUUGUACUCUUCCUUCCCCCUUUCAAGUUUGUACGUAACUAUUAUCACCGCGACUGAUCUAAGUGUUGCUUCCGUUUUAUGUGCCAACCGAUCGAUGUUGUUCUUCGACAUGUGUAACAUACCGUGUAUUAAUGCGAAAUGAAACUAUUAAGAGAAAAAAAAAAACACAAA